AUGGAUGCGCGCAAGGGCCUGCAACUCCGAGACGACUCGUCUGGAACUGAUGAGUUCAUCCAUCUCAUUUCUGACCCGUUCCACAACUCCUUCAACGUCACCGCUGUCUGGGCCUCUCUCGGCACCUCGAUCGGAGUAUCUUUGUUACUCGCGUUCCUAUUCUCCCUCUUCCGUCCUCGUCACUCGCUCGUCUAUGCGCCAAAGGUCAAACAUGCCGACUCGAAGCACGCGCCGCCCCCCGUGGGCAAAGGUUUCUUUUCAUGGAUCAAGCCAGUCAUUCGCACUCGAGAGCCACAGCUAAUCGAAACCGUCGGCCUGGAUGCUGCGCUCUUCCUUCGCUUCACAAAGAUGUGUCGGAACAUAUUGAUUUGCAUGAGUAUUGUCGGUUGCGCGGUCAUGAUUCCGGUCAAUCUCACUCAGGCCACGGACUUCGAUGACGAUAGCAAGUCCAUCUUGAACGAUAUGACCCCUAUCAAAGUGCUCAAACCAACCGCUAUGUGGAGUCAGGUUAUCUGCGCGUGGGUUUUUGAUAUCAUUAUAGCCUUCUUUCUUUGGAGGAAUUACCGAGCAGUGCGAGCAAUGCGACGUCAAUAUUUUCAGAGUUCCGACUAUCAGCGAAGUCUCCAUGCACGAACCCUCAUGAUCACCGACAUUCCUGCGCCUGACCGUUCCGACGAAGGUAUUCUGCGGAUUACUGAUGAAGUCAACCCAACUGCUGCCCUCCCUCGCGCGUCGAUUGGCCGUACUGUGAGGGACCUGCCAAGAAUCAUCAAAGAACAUGAAGAAAAUGUACGACAGCUGGAGUCUGUGCUGGCCAAAUACCUCAAGCGCCCCGAUCAAUUACCUGCGAAGCGGCCAACCAUGCGCCCACCUCGCAGUCAACGCAGCAAGCAUCCCAAUGGCAAGGUGGACGCCAUCGACUACUUGACUGUGCGUAUCAGGGUCUUGGAGGAAGAGAUCAAGCAUGGGCGAGCUUCAAUCGACAAACGGGAUGCUAUGCCUUAUGGUUUUGCUAGCUGGGAAAAGAUUGAGCAUGCUCAUGCUGUUGCUUGGACUUCUCGCAAGAAGCACCCGAAGGGCACCACUGUCGCUCUGGCGCCACGUCCCAGCGAUCUCAUCUGGGAGAAUCUACCUCUCACCAAACAAGCUCGCAAAUGGAAACGUUUCACAAACUUUAUCUGGGUUACUCUUCUGACCCUCAUCUGGAUCGCACCCAACGCACUCAUCGCGGUCUUCUUGGCCAGCUUGACAAAUUUAGGCCUUGUCUGGCCAGCAUUCCAGACAGAGCUGGAGAGAAACCCUACUCUUUGGGGUGCCAUACAAGGUAUUGCGUCGCCCGCUCUCACGUCGCUAGUUUAUCUCGUCCUGCCGAUCAUCUUCCGACGGCUGUCCAUUAAGGGUGGUAGCAAAUCCAAGACAUCGAGGGAGAGACACGUCCUGGGCCAGUUGUACGCAUUCUUUGUCUUUAAUAACCUAGUUGUCUUCUCCGUCUUCUCUGCUGCGUGGACAUUUGUUGCGGAAGUAAUCGACAAAAGCAACAACAAUGAGAAUGCUUGGCAAGCCAUUGUGGAUAGCCAGCUGUAUUCCAAAUUGGUGACGGCUUUGUGCUCGGUUUCGUCAUUCUGGGUCACGUAUCUCCUACAACGCAACUUGGGCGCGACAAUCGACCUCGCCCAGAUGGUCACAUUGGUUUGGGUGUGGUUUGCGAAAACAUUUCUCUCGCCAACACCUCGACAAUCAAUUGAGUGGACCGCCCCGCCAGCAUUCGAUUACGCUAGCUACUACAACUAUUUUCUCUUCUACACGACCGUGGCCUUCACGUUCGCCACUUUACAGCCAAUCGUCCUACCAGUGACCGCGUUAUACUUUGGUGUUGAUGCCAUGCUAAAGAAGUACUUGCUCAUGUACAUCUUCGUGACCAAGAACGAAUCCGCAGCCGCAUACUGGCGUAUCUUAUUUAACCGCAUGGUCUUCGGGACCAUUCUUUCCAACUUCAUUGUUGCCCUAGUGGUCAAGUCUCGAGCCACCUGGACCAUGGUAUUCUGCAUCCUCCCGCUCCCAUUCUUGAUGCUGGGAUUCAAGUUCUACUGCAUGAAGACCUUCGACGAUGACUGUCAUUUCUAUAACCGCGCAAAUCUGAACGAUGCCGAGGCACUGGGUGCUACGAAGUCUAGCAAGAAGGCCGCCGAUCGCCUGAGCUCCAAAUUCGGUCACCCGGCUCUCUACAAGCCCCUGAUGACCCCGAUGGUCCAUGCCAGAGCUGCCGAGACUCUCAAGCAGAUCUAUCAAGGCCGCUUAGAGCACAACGAUAUGGCAGGCGAAUACUCGGAUAUCGCAAUGAACCCAAUGAUAGCCAAUCAGCCUGGAAAGUCCGCCGAUGCAUCUCCGUUUGAAGUGGUCUCCGAGAGCCAACUGGAUUUCUCAUACUUCAAGAACCGCCCUGAUUUCUAUGAAGAGUUUGGCGGAGGUAUCUAUGGCCGACCGGAAGACCUGAUGACGGAACGUUCCCACACACCGCGCAGUACUUUGGGUGCUGAAUGGUCGCCCAGUUCCUCUCGUGCUUCCUCCCCGGUCCCGUCCUUACCUUCAAUGUCCGCGUUGAGAGUUCCAAACGGUUACGACGCCCAAGCUCAAGAGGGUGGUGUACUCGUCCACCCCGCCUUCCGCGUUCCCGGUGGUGGUAGCAGCGGAGGCUUCUACGAGCAAGCAAACGAGAGUGAGUCGAGGCUCCUCAGUCAUGCUCAAACUCCCGCGCACACGGAAUCAUCCAAUCCGCUUGAUCGCUGGCGCGGGGGUGGUUAUGGGCCUGUUGAGCAAGAGGAUGAUUACCCUUCUCACACAUCGUACGAGCCUUACCGUGGAUAUCGAUAG